UUUCCGUAAACCAUAAAGUUAACAUUUUAUUUUUUCAAGUUUUCUGUAUCACAAGCCCAAUGUACAGUUUACAUGAUGAAGUUAGGAAAAAGAAAAAUACACAAACAAAAAAUACAAUUGAGGAUUAAACAAUGUGAAUAUGGUUAUUUUGGUAAAAAUGUACAAUUUAAGCUGCUUUUACGAUUUAUUAACUGGUACUUUCUAACAUAUGACAAUUACAUACAGUUGUAAUGUUAUGGUGCCAAUAGACAGCAAGUGCGGUCCCUUAAUUCUGGGUCAAACAGUUUCCAACCACUUUCAACCAAAUGCAUGCAUGCAUAAGCCAGCUCUCCCUUCCUUGCUUACACAAACGUUCCACAUCAGCUUUAGCAAUAACUUCUUUCAUAUUUGGGCCAAACUUGUCUAAAAUAUAUUAAGGGGACAUUACAGUCCUCAAAACAACUUUAGCUUAAAAGGGAACCUGUAGUGCAUUAUACAAUGCUUUCCUAUAGUGUUUUGGAUGAUGCUGGACGUCCCCAUGCAUAGCGUGGGGACUUCCAACAUCAAGCAAAACAUCUGGAAAUCUAGUGGAUGUCUGGGAGACAACCACUAGAGGUGGAGUUAACCCUGUCAAUUUAAUGAAGCAGUUGUGUAUAGAUUAUGAAGUUUAGGAGUUGAAUCACUUAUUUCUGCUUAUACAUCCCUAGCCACAUGUUCCUGACCGGGUCAAUCUGGCAUGGAAAUAGAAUAUAGGUGGGUUUGUGGGCAGGGGAGUAAAGAGAAAUCCACAACCAACCCAUCGGUUUAAUACUAUAGAAUGGCCUAGCAGUGAGCACUUCUCCUUCCUGUGUAGUCUUAAACCUCGAGUGACUGGAAGCAGGUCCCGCUUCUACAGACCUCUUUCACACAUGGUCCAAGAGUGCACACAAAAGAGAAAUGCUGACUACUCGUCCACAUUUCAAAAGAUACAUAAUAGGAGAUGAGCUGGAGGUAAAUAAAUAAAUAAAUAUAAAAAGAGAUAUAGAAGAGAAAAUAAAUAAAUAUAAAAAGAGAUAUAGAAGAGAAAAUUGUGAAGCUGCUUGCACUCUGUCUUCAUUAAUUUGCCCUGCUUGGUGACACCUUCCCCAUACAGGAAAAACCGCUAUAAUGCCAAUACGUUGGCUUAAUUACCAGCAUCGUUUUAACAAAAACACUGUCUUAAUAAUUCAAUGUUAGGAACUUUUUCUGUUAUAGCUAAAUGAUGAGUACUUUAGAUAACAAUCAGUAUUAUUUAUCCACAGUUUUGACUUGGCAUGAUUCUGAAGAACAUCCUUUCACAGGAAUACCUGAUUCCAAAGAGAUAGACCUGGUUAAAGGACCACUCUAGGCACCCAGACCACUUCAGCUUAAUGAAGCGUCUGGUUGCCUGGUCCAGCUAGUGUUAACCCAUUUUUUUUUUUUUUAUAAACAUAGCAGUUGCAGAGAAACUGCUAUGUUUAUGAAUGGGUUAAGCCUUCCCCCAAAGCCUCAAGCGGCUGUCUCAUUGACAGCCGCUAGAGGCGCUUGCGUGCUUCUCACUGUGAUUUUCACAGUGAGAGAACGCAAGCGUCCGUAGGAAAGCAUUGCUAAUGCUUUCCUAUGCGACCGGCUGAAUGCGCGCGCAGCUCCGCCCAGCGCUGGAAAAAGGAAAGUUUAACCCCUUUCCCAAGCCGGGUGGGAGGGGGUCUCUGAGGGUGGGGGGCACCCUCAGGGCACUAUAGUGGUCCUUUAAAGACAUGAUUAUACUACAGUAAUUAGUAAAAUGAGAAAUUACUAAAUUUAGGCCUAAAAAGGUGUAUGUGUGUGUGUGUAUAUAUAUAAAAAAGUCUCCCUAUGUUGCCAACUGGCUACAAGGGCCUUAACGUGUUAGACUUGUAUCAUGAGGUGUGGUAGCAGAUAUAUUUACAUUAAAGAGACAGUCUAGGCUGCUUAUGGCACCAUAACAACUUCACCUAAAUGAAGUUGUUUUGGUGUGUGGAGUGUCACUUUAAUGCACUCUCAUGCACAGGCAGGAGUACAAACCAGGCCUGGGCUCUUACACCCAUGGGUCACAUCCAUAGAGCACCCCAUAUGGGCACACUGUAAACAGGUCCCACAGAGGCCGCCUGUAUACCCGGUAUUAGAGAUAGCUGACACAGUGUUAAGCUGGCGGUUACAGGACUCAUAUAACAGAAGGUCUAAUAAAGUGAAGGCUAUUCUUCACGCAGUUCAGCAGUGCCAGCUCUGUGUAGUCUCCCAAUCGGACUCCCAGUCCCCGGCCGAUACACACCAUGCUGCGGCCAGGCAGUAGUCAGGCAGGCUGGGGAUUCCCUCAUGGUGUCCCAGUCUCGCAGCACGUUCUGCCAGGAGUCAAGAUGUCCGCCGCGGGCUGCUCGCUCCCCUGUGGCCGCAGUGACCCCUCACACCUACCGUCUCCCCGGCCAUGUGCUCGCGGUGAGCGCGCUCUGACCCUCACACAGCGCUGCCCGGGGCACCCCAGGCAUUCUCACUGUGCUCGGGUAAAAAACGAGGCCUCUGCUGACGUCACUAUACCCCCCUCCCCGAUUCGCUCCCUCCGCCGCGGACGCGUCUUCUUCCUUUUCCUCCCUCCAAUCCCCUGCUGCUGCUUCCGCCGCCACUACGGGAAAUAGAGGAAGAGGCGACAUUAACCCGAAAGAAAAAAUAAUCCGAGCCCAAUGCCGCGGGGCCGCGUUCUUAAAUCCCAGGUUGGGGAUGCGCCACAAACAGGUGAAAACAGAUCUCUGGGUGCUGUGUGAACGGUGAUGUGGGCGAGGCGGGUGCUGGGAGGGCUGUACGGCAGCGCAGGUUUGUAUGUGAAAGCUCAU